AUGCUUAUACAGAUGAAUGAUGAUGAAUUGCAGCUAAUUUAUCAAAAUAUCACACAACUAAAUGACAAUGAGAAGGAUAUUAAUGAUGACAAGGAAGGUAGUGUAUGUAUUCCUGAUAAUACAAACUAUAUAAGUGGAAAAACUGGAGGUGCAAUUUCUGUAUUUAAUAAGUUGAGUGGUGCUAACUUAUUUCAAAUUCCUUGUGAACUUCAUGUUGCACAUAUUAUAAUAAAUAACUUUGAAGAAAAAAAACUUGCGGCAAAUAUUUUACAUUUAAUUUGGAAAAUUCAUGAUGGUUAUAAUAGAACAGAUAAAAACAAGCCAAUAGGAAUUCAAUCAGAUUAUAUUCGCAGACUUUAUGAUAAAUGA